AUGGGCUUCUUGGGUCACCACAAUCUCGCCCCGGUCGUCGAGCCUAUCGCCAUAUUCGACCAAUUUGUCUCGCAGGAGCCGCAGACAAUAGUUCUGAAAGAAAAGGUACUCUCCGUCUCUGGGGAUAGCUUCGAAAUCAAAUUAGCCAAUGGUCAACCAUUUUUGAAAGUGCACGGAGCCUGGAUCUCAAUUUCUGGUCGAAAGAAGGUCGAGGACGCCAAUGGCAAUCAUCUAUUUGAUAUUGUCAAGGAGCUUCUACAUAUCCAUACGACGUAUGCAAUCGAAGACACCCAUCGGAAGAAGAUCUGUGAGGUCAAGAGUAAUCUCAGACUGCUCGGCUCCAAAGCAACCGCCAGUUUUACUGAUCGUGCCGGCAAGGCCGUGGCUCUCAAGAUGAAAGGCGGUUGGUUCGAUCAUACUGCCGAUAUCGUCGACGAUAAAAGCGGCCAAACAGUGGCUCGCAUUGACCGGAAACUGCUUAGCGGCCGCGACCUUGUAUUUGGCCAGCAGACCUAUGCCGUUGUUGUGGCACCUGGUGUGGACGCUGCACUGAUUGCCGCCUUGUGUAUUUGCUUUGAUGAGAAGAACAAUGAUGAACGUGGCGAAUAG